AAUAUUCAACGUUGCACCCAACAUGCCGGCGACUGGAAUUCGUGUGAACCUUUUAAAGGACUCUGAAUGCCAUUCUCUUCUAACGGCGAUUCAGUCCACUAACGAAGCCCGUCUGCGCGAAGUCCUCGCAGAUUUCGUAUUUUCAGACAAUGCUCUGGCACCAGCUAUUAGUCGUGCACUAUUCGAAGCUUUGGUAACCACCCGCGAAAACCAAGGGAACGUAGAAGCAGGCGGGAGUAAUAUCUCUCAAAAACGACAACUCAUCGCACGGUGGGAGGUCUGUGCCAGAUGUGGCGUAGAGUAUGAUGCCGGAGAAGAACACGAGGAAGAUGAAUGCAACUACCACUCAGGCGAGCUCAUAGUGAACGAAGAAGAAUUCGUAGACUGGGACGAAGACUGUCACGGACCGAUGAAUACCAAACAGAACAGGAAGGAUUUUCCCGAGAACUUUAUCUGGACCUGUUGCGACGAGGAUGGAAGGAGUGACGGUUGUGAGAGUGGCGAACAUCAGGCCGGCGGUCGAAAGGCGAAGAGAAAACGGACCGAGUGAAAUUGGGGGACGGUGAGAGUGUGUGCUGUUGAUCGACAUCCCAUACUGUUCCGCUAUUUGCUGAGAAGGGAGCAAAGAUCCUGGAGAAUCAAAUGAAUGAUGCAACGUCUUCUUGCUUCGGGUCUCAGGCGGGUAGGAGAAUGUAAGGGACAGGUAUGACUGCAAUCCCGGAUUUGUUACUUGUUAGAGACUACUUGUGACGACAGUUGACUCGAUGGCAUGUGGAUAUAGAUGCGCCGAAUAUAUACUAGAUAUGCAAUUGGAUGUCAUUGGUAGGGAUGUA